GGGAAGAAGAGUUGACUACGGAGAUACCGCAGCACGGCUGAUGGUGGAAAUGUCUCAGUAAUUCCGGAAAAACAAUCAAAGCCGUGUGUACCCAGGGUUGAAUGAGCCCCGCAGAACGAUCAGUUGAUCUUUUGGAAUAAGGAACGAGUCACGACAGACAGGUGGGCUUGGAGGACCAGGACUUAGAAUCCCUGCUGUCACGAUAGACCUCUUUCUCCUGUUUACUGGAAAAUUCAGAGCUGCUCCUGGCUGGGAAUAGGCCUUUUUCCGACCAAGCCACCAGGAGGAGAAGCAGAAAGCAACAGUUUCAGAAAAGUGGAUAAAAUGAGGGAGCCAGAGAGAGAGGAGCAGACCGGAGAAGACAUGCCUCCAAAAUUCAAACGGCACCUCAACGACGACGAGGUCACGGGAUCCGUGCGCAGCGAGAGGAGGAACUUGCUUGAGGAAGACUCUGAUGAAGAGGAAGACUUUUUUCUGAGAGGACCAAGUGGACCCAAAUUUGGACCCAAACAUGACAAAAUCAGACAAGUGCAGACCCAAGUGGAUGAGGUCAUCGAUGUCAUGCAGGAGAACAUCUCCAAAGUCAUUGAGAGGGGCGAGCGACUGGACGACCUCCAGGAUAAGUCAGAGAGCCUUUCGGACAACGCCUCAGCCUUCAGCAGCCGAGCCAAACAUCUGCACCGGAGGAUGUGGUGGAGGGACAUGAAGAUGAAAGCAAUAAUCGCACUGGUAGUGGUCAUUCUGCUGCUCAUCAUUAUCGUUCCUAUAAUCCUGCAGUACCACUAGCGUCUGGCUAGUGGGGCUGGGGCACGAGGGAGACCCGACACCUCCAUCUCGCCGCAUGUCCCAUCCUCCUUCCCUCCUGCACACAGUCUCCCGCGCCAGAAGGGGCGCUCUACCCUGCUGCAGCGGAUUGACGUAGAGCGCUGUGCCAGCCUAUCUCAGUUAGGGCAGGUUGUCACAGAGCUCGUCCGGGAGAGUGAGGUUUUUUUGUCAACUCUUUCAUUACUAGCCCUCACCGAGGGGGAAAAACGGCUCGAACAAAGCGAGUGGAGGUGAGCUCUGUCAUGCACACAGCCUCUUGUGUAGCUGCUUCGCGAAGAAGCGCGACAGUACAUCAUACAGUAACAAACCUUUAAGAUCCGCUCUCCUGCAGUGGAGCAGUCAGGGCACAAUCUACCCUCUGUAAUGCCAUCUGUCUGCUGUGUACAGCCCGCAAACGAGGCAACAAUCACAUGGAAAACUCAGUUCAUAAGGGUCAGUGCUUACAAACAGUGUAUGAAUCAAGUCCACCCCCUCCUUACCUUUUUUUAAAUAAGAAUCCAUCCAGUAUUUAGUGUAUUAGACCUCACAGAAGUAGAUUAUUGGAAUAAACCCCCUGCCCUCUCCCUGGUAGUCUUAGCAGUUACUUGUACUGAUUUGCUUGCAAGUUGUUAAAUGUAAUGUCUGGCACACAGAGACCAGUAGGUAAAGGGACUCUCAAGGAGUGAUCAUUCAGGAACUGUAUGAAGUUAUUAGGAUGGCUCUAUGGAUUUAUAGACAGUGUGCUCAUUUUCUGCUUAUUUAAAACAUUUAGAUGAGUUUAUAUUAAGGUUUACUAGGAAAGAAGUGAUUCUGAUGGUUGCUGCUCUUACUGUUCAGAAGGGAAGGGAGACUUUUUUUUUCUUGGCAGACUGUUUUGGCUAUUAAUGGUAACUUUUGAUUCUGAUGUAUGUUAUAUGUGUUUUUGAUGUCCAAAGGGGGAGGGGGCUCAGUGAAUUUUACGUCCGUGCUGCUUGUGUAUUGGGUCACAGCAUCGAUCGCUGAUUGGCUGUUAGUUUUACUGACAGCAGUGGUUUUGGCUGGAUGGUUGGGUGGCACGUAUUGUGAAACACAUAGCAAUG